GAAGGUAUUUCUAAUUUAAAAAAUAAUAAUAAUUUGCAUACUGUUAAGAUAUAUGUGGCAGUUCUUGAAUGACUUAGUGAUAAACUGGUUGGAUUUCGAUCCUGAAAUAAGAGAAAAUCAAUGUUUGUUCAUGAGUUUAUGGAACGCAGCUAUGGUGCAAAUCCGUCGACGCACGACGGAGAUCGAAGCUUUCGAGAUCCAAAGCUCUAGUCCAGUUUCAUGGCAUUUAAGGGGGUCUUGGAAGACUAAGGCGAGAAGUAGGAAGAAGGGAGAAAGAGGAUUCCACUGGUGGUGUUGGUUGCUGGCCAAGACGUCGGACGGUGACAAUAAGAGCAAUGACAGCAAGGAGGCAAAAAGGAAAAGUUACUAACUUUAGGUUAUUAAAAUUAAAUAAAUAAUUUAUAUUAUUAAAAUUUGGUAAUUCAUAGAUUAAGGUAUUUAGUGAGUAUUUCUAACCUAAAUGCAGCUAAAAUUCUAAAAAGCUACAAUUUAAGAGGCACUUUGUGUA